GGCCUUAUUUUUCCGUUUCUGGUGCCAUGCUUGCAGAUAUUGCAAUUAUUGACUUGCCUACCCCAGUUUUUCUUCUUAUUUGGCAAAAACAUGAUGAAAUGAUGCUAUUAAUUUCUAGAACAUUUCAUGCUUUGAAAAAAUAUCUCCAAAUUCUUUAUCAAAACUAUAAUCAACUAUUAGCUGAAGCUGGAUAUUCUCCAAAAGUUCUUGCUAGUUUAAUUAUUCCAAGAAAUUGGCUUAUAGUUUAUAUGGAUGCAGAACAUGUAUAUAAAGACUUGUGUGAAGGAAACAUCCUAGUUUGUCAACUUAAGAAUAAUGAUUUUGAUGUAAAAUUGAUCAAUUUUGAAUGGUCUGGAGAGGUUGGUUCUACACAUUAUUCUCACUUUAUGAACAAUGCUGAUAUUGAAUAG